AUGGCGCGUCUUUGUCUUGCUGCACUUGCUUUCGGGACGCUGGCCCUGUCGGCCAGCGGCAACCCUCCGCCAAUGGUUUUGAGCAAGAAAGAGGCUCCUCCCCCCGUGGUCAAACAGGAGGUGUGCGAAACAGUACCCUACCAAGUGCAGGCCACCUGCUACAAGGAUGUGACAAAGAAGGAGGCCUACUCUUGCCCGGAGACACUUGAGAAGGAGGUUUGCAAAAACGUGCCUGUUCAGGUUCCAGACACCUGCUACAAGCAGGUCUCCCAGCAGGUUGCAUACUCCUGCCCGCAGACGCAGCACAAAACUGAGUGCUACGAAGUGGCCAACACUUGCACCAAGACUGAGUAUGCCACAGAGGCAUACGAAUGCGGAAAGGAGCACUGCAAGGCUGUGCCGGUCCAGGUGCCAGACACCUGUUACAAAACUGUCCAGGAACAGCAGGCGUACCCGUGCCAGAAAACCAAGGCUGAGCAAUUCUGCGCGGAAGUGCCCUACACUGUGGCCAAGACAUGCUUCAAGGAGGAUGUGAAGACAGUGCCAUACACUUGCUCCAAGACCGAAUACAAGCAGCAGUGCAGGAAGGUCCCGUUCCAGGUGGACAACACGUGCUACAAGACCGUCAUGCAGGCUCAGGAGUAUCCGUGCACAAAGACUGCGUACGAAGACAGCUGCUCUGACGUUGCGGUGCAGGUCCCCGAUACUUGCUACAAGCCAGUAGCACAGCAGAAGCCCUACAAGUGCAAGAAGACCAUGACCAGACAGCAGUGCACCAAGGUUCCAGUUGAGGUCCCGAGCACCUGUAGCAAGACCGUAAUGACAAAGGAGGCGUAUGACUGCUCGAAGACUGAGUACAAGACCGAAUGCACCGAAGAAGUCGCCCAAGUUCCCUGUGUCGGGAAGGAGUGCAAGCUCCGACAGCUCAAGAAGCAGCGUGUCUGCCGCCAGGUCCCCUUCACAAGCAAGAAUGUCUGCUAUAAGGAGGUGCCGACUACUCAGUCGUACAAGUGUUCGAAAACCGAGUACACAGAGCAGUGCCAAGAAGUGCCUUAUGAGGUGCCAGACACCUGCUACGAGACGAUCACCGUGCAGCAGCCGUACAAGUGCUCGAAGACUGAAUACAAGCAGCAAUGCAAAAAGGUCCCUGUUGAGGUUCCACACACCUGUACCAAGCAGGUGCCCGUCCAGGAGGCGUACUCCUGCCCCAAAACGGAAUACAAGCAGGAAUGCCAGGACGUCCCCGUCCAGGUCCCUGACACCUGCUACAAGCAGGAGGCCAUCAAGGUGCCCUACAGCUGCCCCGAGACCAAGUACCAGUCCAAAUGCGAAACAAAGAUGGUCCCGUAUGAGGACACCUGCUACAAGACUGUGCCUGUCAAGCAGGCGUACACGUGCAGCAAGACCGUAAUGGAGCAGCAGUGCGCUUUCGUUUCCAAGACUUGCCAGAAAAAGGUGCCGACACAAGUCCAAUAUCCCUGCCCGAAGAAGGAGUGCAAGCAGGUUGCUUUCCAGGUUGAGAAGACCUGCUACAAAUCCGUGCCUACACAGGAGGCCUACAAGUGUUCCAAGACGGUGUUCGAGAACCAGUGCUCUACACAAUCGUACACAGUCCCCAAGACCUGCUACAAGGAUCACGUCAAACAGCAGGCGUAUCCGUGCAUGGAAACCAAGUACAGGACACAGUGCAAGACGAAGAAAGCCGUCGCACCCCCGCCGCCUCCCGUUAUGCUGUCCAAGAAGGGCAUGUAA